GCAGGACCCUCGUCGACCAGGUGGCACAAUUGACGCACUUGCCCUGCGGGUUGGCCAGAUUUUCCCAACUGCUUCUGACCGAUUCCGCGCCAAUGUAUAAAACAUUUCGAACUCUGACCCGACGUAAUUGACAAGUACGCUUACUUUCUGUCCCUUGGAAUUCAUCGUAGCUCGAGCGCUGAGACUAUCGAAAUCUUGCGACAAUCGCUAUGGCUCCUUCAAACGAAGGCCUCACCAAUGGCUCUAGUCCCAAUCACACCAUUACGGUAACAUUAUCACAGCUUGCCCAGAUGAUCGAUCACUCCCUACUACAUCCCACCAUGACCGACGAUGACAUUUUGUCGGGACUCAAGAUCGCCAAACAGUACGGCGUGGCCACGGCAUGUGUCAAGCCUUAUCUCAUCCCCCUUGCGAAAAAGGAGCUCGAAGACACAGGAGUACGUAUCUGUCCUGUCAUCGGCUUUCCGCACGGCAACAGCACCACUGAGGUCAAGGUUUCCGAAGCCGAAGCGGCAGCGAAAGCGGGAGGUCAAGAGAUCGACAUGGUGAUCAACAUCGGGAAAGCUCUCGGGAAUGAGUGGGAAUACGUGACUGAAGAGAUCCGGCAGAUCAACGAGGUCGUGGUACGACAUGGAGCCAUCUUGAAGGUCAUUUUCGAGAAUGACUAUUUGGAAGAGAAGCACAUCAUCCGUCUUUGUCAGAUUUGCUCCGAUCUCGACGUGGCAUUUAUCAAGACUUCGACCGGCUAUGGCUUCGUGAAACAGCCCAACGGUCUCUACACCUACAAGGGGGCAACAGUCCCGCACUUGAAGCUGAUGAGGAAGCACUCAAAACCUAGCGUCCAGAUCAAGGCAGCGGGGGGUGUGAGAAGUCUUGAUGACUUACUGCAUGUCAUGUCAUUGGGCGUGACGAGAAUCGGGGCUACGGCCACGGUGACCAUUCUAGAGGAUGCAAAGAAGAGGGGGAUCACUGAGCAGCCGACGACAGUGCAGUUCGUGCCCAUCAAUGGAAGCGAGGGCGGUGGGUAUUAAAGUCAAUACAGAGUAUGGAUGGGUCACAGUGAGCGGCUCGUAUUUUCCGUUGUUUUGAGGGAGGGCUGCCAUGGGAGGGUGUUGCAUGAGGUACCAGGCGUCUGAGAGGUCUAAGCAUAGAGCAGCUAUACAACCGAGCGCAAAGUUCUUUCCUUCUAUCAUGGCGCCCAGUUGACACAAGACUUUAAAAAUAUACAGGCCAGUCUGUUGUCUCGA